UUCGCAAUGCAGCUACAGCAGCAGCCAGUAACUUGGUGGAGGUAUUUGUGGAUGGGAAGCCACUUAUGGUGGAACCAGGAACCACAGUGCUGCAGGUAGUGGGGGCUCUAAUAUUUGACAAAUACUUGACUCUAGAAUAGAAUGUCUUGUCAGAUGUUUAUACAGAGUAACUGCAUUGGCAAUUACUUUAGACUUUCUUGAUAUCUUGUUUUAGGCAUGUGAAAAGGUGGGAGUGCAGAUUCCUCGCUUCUGUUACCAUGAGCGCCUGUCAGUUGCAGGGAACUGUCGGAUGUGUCUCGUGGAGAUUGAGAAAGCUCCAAAGGUAUGUGCUUAUGGGUUAUUUAAGGUUUUUAAUUGACUGGCAUGUACUUGUACCCUUGUUUAUGAUGUACACUCAUAUUCUAAUAUCAACACAUGCACAUCUCUUUACAGCCAGUGGCAGCAUGUGCCAUGCCAGUCAUGAAAGGUUGGAACAUUUUAACUGACUCUGACAAAACAAGGAAAGCUAGGUAGGUAGAAUCACCUGCAAACACCUCAUCCCUUUGCAUUACCUUCACCUCAUCCCUUUGCAUUACCUUCUUAUUUGGUAAUCAUCACCAGUAUUAUAGCUUUUUCUUUUACCCUCUUUUGGUAGAGAGGGUGUGAUGGAGUUCCUGUUGGCCAAUCACCCUUUAGACUGCCCAAUCUGUGACCAGGGGGGAGAAUGUGACCUUCAGGUAAAAAUAUGUCAUCAUUGUUUCCUAAAACUUCUAAAUCUCCUCUUUAAGAGGCUAGCAAUAAUGGUGAUGAUUCAUCAAGUGGGAGGAACUAGCAAUGAGGUUUUUGGCAUUGGACUUCUAAAAGUAACAUGUUUUGCCAUUGUGUGCUGACUGCAGGACCAGUCCAUGCAGUUUGGCAGUGACCGGAGCCGCUUCUUGGAGAACAAGAGAGCUGUGGAGGACAAGAACAUUGGUCCCCUCAUCAAGACCAUCAUGACCCGCUGUAUCCAGUGCACCCGAUGUGUCCGGUGAGGCAGACUCGUAAUCAAGGUCCACCUUGGAAGGAUUAAUUAUAGAAGGCAACACCUUAUUACUAAUAAUUUCAAAAGGGACUGAUAUCUAUUUGCAAAAUAAUGUUUUCCAUCUUUGCAGCUUUGCCAGUGAGAUUGCUGGUGUGGAGGAUCUGGGAACCACUGGAAGGGGCAAUGACUUGCAAAUUGGCACUUAUGUGGAGAAGAUGUUCAUGUCGGAGCUGUCUGGGAAUGUAAUUGACAUAUGCCCUGUGGGAGCACUGACUUCCAAGCCAUAUGCCUUCACUUCCCGUCCCUGGGAGACCAGGUAUGUGCAUUAGAGUAUGUUGUUGUGCAUACAAUACAAGCCAGCUCUUGAAAUGGAAUCCAAGUAGUAGUAUAUAUACCUUGUUGGUUAUCAACUAACCUUUCUCUCCUCACAGGAAGACUGAAUCCAUUGACGUGCUGGAUGCUGUGGGCAGCAACAUCAUAGUGAGCACCCGGGGUGGUGAGGUCAUGAGGAUUCUGCCCCGUCUCCACGAGGACAUCAAUGAGGAGUGGAUCUCAGAUAAGACCAGGUAAGCUAAGGACCAGCUCAUGUCACAUCCACACUGCUUUGCCUUGUCUGUCUGAAUUAACAGUGAACUCAUUCUCUCCCUUGAUGGCAGGUUUGCCUAUGAUGGGCUGAAGCGGCAGCGCCUCACUCAGCCCAUGGUGAAGGAUGCGUCUGGACAGCUGGUGGCCACUUCCUGGGAGGAUGUGUUGACUAGAGUGGCUGGGGUGGUAUGUGAUAUGUGGCAUAUUGAACACUUCUGUUUACGGUCAUACCUUCCUCCUCCAUGUUAUGUGUAUAAACAAAGAGAGAACAGUUUAUCCACAGUGUCUCAUGACCUGAGAUGUAGCGUGAUCUGUUGUGAUUCAAGCAUUUCCUUGUUGAUGUAAUUUGUGUUUGUGUGCAGGCCUUUUAAAUGGUGUGUAGACACGAGUAGCCUAUUACAUCAGUGUUUUCUUUUGCAGUUGCAAGGAGCUCAAGGGACCAGUGUAGCGGCCGUUGUAGGAGGGAUGGUGGAUGCAGAGGCUCUAAUCACCCUGAAAGACAUGCUGAACCACUUGAAUAGUGACAGCCUAUGUACUGAGGAGAUCUUCCCCAUGGCAGGGGCUGGGUAAGGCACGGCUGAGCCUGAGGAUAAUACAGUGAGUGGUACAGAGCUAGUUAAGAUAAGACCUCAGUGGAACAUUCCUGAUUUGGGUUCUAUUUCCUAUAGAUCUGACCUGCGCUCAAACUACCUACUGAAUUCCCGCAUCGCUGGCAUUGAAGAGGCUGAUUUGCUUCUCCUAGUUGGCACCAACCCACGCUAUGAGGCACCACUUUUCAACGCACGAAUCAGGAAGAGGUAUAGCUGGGAUGGGAUUUAAGUGCUGUCAAAAAUCACUGGCAACUCAAUUUGCAUGUAAAUAACUGUCAUAGCUGUGUGCUGCAUCCAGCUCCUGAUUUACACUCUCUCCUUUAAGUGGAAACUAUAAAUCUGAAACAUGUUACCACCAUUGAGAUGACUAGUAGUAUUUAAUGCAUGCUUCAUGUUGUACCCUGGGUAGUUGGCUUCAUAACGAGCUGCAGGUAGCCUUGGUGGGGUGGGAGGUGGACUUGACCUACACAUACGAUCAUCUUGGGGAGUCUGCUAAGGUCCUGCAGGAAAUAGCUGAUGGGACCCACCCCUUCUCUAAGGUAGUCAUGUAUUAUUUACACAUCUCAUGGUCGGUCACUAAGUGCUGUCAAUGAGAAUUUGCUACAUCAACAAUUAUUUAAAAUCUCGUUCCCAGGUUCUUGCCAAGGCAAAGCGUCCUAUAGUGGUGUUGGGCAGUGGUUCCCUGCAGAGAGGGGAUGGGGGCCGCAAUACACGCAGCAGUGUCUACCAUUGCUCAGAAUGCCUGUGUCAGCAGUGGAGUAGGGGAAAGCUGGAAGGUUCUCAAUGUGCUUCACAGGUAAUAACUACUACUGUACUUGAUGUAGAAUUUUUUUUAAAUGAGUUUUCACAGCAAAUGCCCUCUUUGUUUGUCUGUUACUUACUACAGGGUGGCCAGUCAAGUAGCUGCAUUGGAUCUGGGGUACAAGCCAGGCGUGGAGGCCAUCAGGAAGAAUCCACCCAAAGUCCUGUUCCUCCUUGGGGCCGAUGCUGGCUGCAUCACCCGCCAAGACCUGGCAAAGGACAGCUUCAUCAUUUAUCAGGGUCAGCAACGUGCCACCACAACAGAGAAUUAACACCAUUCUUUGGUGUGCAGAAUUUCAAUAAUAAUAUCCAUGAUCUUUAAGUGAGUCUUGCAUCAGCCUGAAUGUAGUUUUUGCUCCGUAACUCUACACAGGGCACCAUGGAGACGCUGGGGCGACAAUGGCUGACAUCAUUCUCCCUGGAGCAGCGUACACAGAGAAAUGUAGCACCUAUGUGAACACUGAGGGGCGCGCCCAACAGACUAGGCUGGCUGUGACUGCUCCAGGCAUGGCCAGGGAGGACUGGAAGAUCAUCCGCGCCAUAUCUGAGGUAAACUACUGGUUCACCACACUUAUCAGUCAGUGAAUGUGUUCAGUAGCAAUUUCAUGACUUAACUGUGUUGAUGUUUAUUUAUUCAUUUUUCUAUAGCUUGCUGGAUUGACACUGCCCUAUGACACCAUGGAUAAGGUGCGUGACAGAUUGGCGGAGGUUUCACCCAACCUGGUGCGCUAUGAUGACGUGGAGGAGGCCAACUAUUUUAAGCAGGCAAAUGAACUGGCCAAGGUCAGUUGUAACACUAUAUAUAUAUAUAUAUAUAUAUAUAUAUAGUACACCACACAAACGCCUGUCUCCCUGGAACUUCCUAAAGAAUAUUGUUAGUGUUCUUCUUAGGAAGUAGGAAAAAUAGUUGGCCUGAGGAAAACCUCUCCUAUGAACAUGAUUAUUUUUUAAAUACACUCACGCCUCGUGUCUGCUUCCUAUUGUUAAUUAGGUUGUAAACUAAUGGUGUCUGUCUUCUCCCUCAGGCUGUGAAUCAGACCAUCCUCACAGAGCCUCUGGUUCCUCCUCAGCUCACUGUUCGAGACUUUUACAUGACAGGUUAGACUGGCCUACUGACUGUCUUUUCUUUACUAAUGUAUGUCAAUGUUGUGUUAAAAUCUCUCUCUUAUCCACAGAUCCUAUCAGCAGAGCCUCCCAGACGAUGGCUAAGUGUGUGAAGGCUGUAACAGAAGGAGCCCGAGCUAUAGAGGAGCCAUCCAUAUGC